GUGAUUGCUGUAUUAAAAAGGAAAAAAGUAGAAAUGGAAGCGGAUCAGUUUGAUUGUGAACUUGUGAUUAUUAUAUUGGCUCAGCUUUGAUUUUGGCAUUUAUUAUUUUAGUUGGUUGUGAACUUGUGAUUAUAGUAUUAUUAUUAAAACCAGGGUGACCGAGGAAAGUCAAAAUGUGGUAGAGCCUUGAUGACUUGAUCGACCUCUUUCUCCUCUGCUUUCCCAGAUCUGUGUGUUUCUGGCCUUCUUUUAUAAUCAUCGUUUGUGAGUUUUCUAUUCAUCCCCACCCACAGCAGCUCACUUCUCUCCUCUGUGGUCGAGACGUCGACUCACUCGAUCGAGUGCUUCACUGCUUCUCUCCUCUCUUCGCCUAUUUUUCACUCAACGGAAAUAUCAGACCCUCCGCGGCUACACCUCUCCCUUCCAUUGCCCGAUCUAAUCCCCAACAGCCCAAGAUUUGCAGAGAUUCUUGGCUUCUUGCAGACUGGAGUGGAGUGACCGAGUGAUUGCCUGGGUUUCUGGAAGAGUUCUGGCCCUCCAUGUAAUUUGUUUGUGUAGAUAAUAUGAGGCUGAACUGUCAGAGACUCAGAGGCCACGAUAGAAAGAAGGGGAGCUAUUUAAUAUUAUGAGGCUAACUAAUGCUCAACUCCUGAGUUUGAUCCUUAUCGCAGCGUUUCGGACUUAAUUGACUGCUGUUGAGUGUUGAUUCCCUUUCCAUCUGUUUAGUAGCUUUUACGACAAGCUUCUGAUACUGCUAUUCCUGUACUAGUUCGUGGGACUAAGACGAUGAGUGGUGGGCUUCGGACAAGCGUGAAGGGGUACCUUAUUGCACAACGGGUCACUGGGGCACUGGAAAUAAACACAGUGCACGAGAAUGAGAAUGAGAAUGAGACGAGCAUAAAUGUAGCUAGCAAUUCCACAGCUGCUGACUCUGUGGAUCAUCCACCUCCGCUUCCAGUUCCAGAGACUUCAGCUUCAUACGGGCUCAAUAUCUGUGAUGGGAACAUUCCUUGCUUUUCAAUGUUGAGCUCUGCUGCAGAGUGUAUGGCUUCUUAUGGGACUACAACCGGUGCUGAGUGUCCUCCUCAUGCUGGAUUGAAUUCUAAAAUCAAGGUGUCAUCAAUCUCAGUGCCUUCAACUCCUCGAACAGAGGGUGAAAUCUUGCUGUUCCCCACCUUAAAGACCUUCUCCUUUAGUGAACUGAAAAGAUCUACCAGGCAAUUUCGUUUUGAUAAUAUGUUGGGAGAAGGUAGUUUUGGUUGUGUCUUCAAGGGUUGGGUUAAUGGGAAUUCACUAACAGCUGCCAAGCCUGGUACUGGCAUGGUCAUUGCUGUGAAGAGGCUUAACCGACAAAGUCUUCUGGGUCACAAGGAAUGGAUGACAGAAAUUAACUACCUUGGAAGGCUGCGUCAUCCGAAUCUUGUGAAAUUGAUUGGUUAUUGCACUGAGGAUGACGACGGCCUUUUGGUGUACGAAUUUAUGCCUUGUGGAAGCUUGAAUAAUCAUCUAUUUAGAAGGGGUUCUUACUCUCAAUCACUGUCAUGGACGCUUCGUAUGAAGAUUGCCUUUGGUGCUGCUAAGGUGCUAGCAUUUCUUCACAGUGGUGAGGUAAAAGUGAUCCAUCGGAACAUAAAAAGUUCGAAGAUCCUGCUGGAUUCAACCUACAAUGCGAAACUCUGUAGUUUUUGUCUGGCCAAGGAUGGGCCAGAAGGUGAUAGAAGUCAUAUCUCAACUAGGGUCAUGGGGACAUCUGGACAUGCAGCUCCUGAAUAUGUGGCCACAGGUCAUUUGACUGCCAAAUGUGAUGUAUAUGCGUUUGGAGUUGUUAUGCUCGAAAUGUUGUCUGGAAAACGAGCUAUGGACAAGAACUCGCCAACUGGGGAAUCCAAUUUGGUUGAGUGGAGUCAAUGGACCAAUUCUGACAUUGUCAGCAAACACAAAGUUCUCCAAAUUAUCGAUGCUCGUGUUGAAGGACAGUACUCUGUUGCUACAGCUCUUAAAGCAGCUGACCUUGCAUUUCGCUGCCUAUCAACAGAUCCCAAGCUUAGGCCAAACAUGAAUGAUGUGGUAAAAGUUUUGGAGGAGCUUCAGGAAUCUGGUGACAUGUCUCAUAACGAACCUCGCCACAAUCCUCAUGCCAGUUCAAGUAACUAAUGGUCCCAAAUAUUGCAAGAGAAGUGCAAAUGGAACCAACAAUGCAACAACUGCUUCACAUUCCAGGCCAUCUGCUUCCGGCAAUACUUAAGAUAACCAUAUGCAUGCUGUAUCAUUGUUUUCAUUAAUUGAACGGGAAUCCGGGAUGUAGGAUAGGAUAUUUUUUCAUUAGAAUAAAGUUUCAAAACUGUACUAAGAAAACCAUUUCCCUGAUAAGUCUACUUGCACUGUUGUUUGCACCACCAAAUUUAACAUGUACCGAAAUUAUUGCAA